AUGAGCGCAGCAAUUGCCAUGGCUCCCUCCCCGGCCCCUCACGACAGGCCGGCCUAUACUGAGCUUGCGCCCGCCACUACAGCAAGUGCACCGCCAGCCGUAGCAGUGGCGCCUGCUCCUCCCCAGUCUGCAUCCUCGCCCUCAGUGCCUCGAGCCCCGGCCGCCUCUGCCACACCAAAUACCACGGCUGCACGACGCAACGGCAGUGGCAGCCCUACAAGGCCCGGCCAGGUUGCGAAGUCUUCUCCUAGCGCGAGUCGAAAUGCGCCUGGUUCGUCUUCUGCGCCCAAGAUUGUUGUGAAGAAGGAGCCAGGAUCUCCAGUACUUCCGCCUACCCGCCACAGACCUCGAAAGCUGGACCUGUCCAAAGGCGGUCUGGCCGGGUCGGGCGCCCAAACGGCGCGCCUCCCCGGUGAGCGAGACGGGCUCGGCAUUAUGGAGGUCGGCAUCGCCUGUCUGUCUCCCGGUUUCAUGACACAAGACCCUGUGAUGAAGGAGCAAUUGCAACGCAGCAUGAACGUGCGGGAGCAGCAGCGACAGAUCAUUGAAGCGCGGUUGCAGCAGUCAGCCAAGGGAGAGGGACCAGAGACUGGAAAGGACAAGGACGGUCUCGGCCAGUUCGCAGCCAAGACCCCAGGCAUGUCGAGGCGUAACAAGGCGCCCCCUGGUUUGAGCAUUGUUGCACCAUCUCACGAGCAGUUUGCCCACGAGCGUGUCAUCCAGUCUGCCCCUCUGGGUCAGACUUUCACUGGCAGACACAACCCCCACCCCUUGACCAGGCACAUUGCCAACCAGCCAUCUAACUUGUCGAGCACAUCUCACAUUCACCAUGUGCCCGCGCAACAGACGGCAAACCGUCUGCCCCCCAUUGCCGACGUGUUUGGCUCAGGUAUCUCUCACCAGGACUCCAACGGCGCUCGCCCCUUGUAUCCAGGUUCAAGCCACGGCCCGCCCGCCUCUCCAGGUCAGGCUCCGCAGCACUCGCAGCCGCCCUUGUCUAGCAGACCUAGGGAAUACAAAUCGGCCGAAGAUGUCCAGCAAGAAUUGACUGGUGGGCGGCCCGAGCUCUUGCCCAAGAUUGUUCAUUAUACCGGUCACCAGCCACCUACACCUCCGUCCCCGCGCACUGGAGUCCCGAUGCAGGACUACAACCGAAGCGCCAGCAAGCGAAGAACACGAGCGGAGUAUGAAGAGGGUGCCAGCCCGCCGUUAGGCCAUGGACCUGCUGCAACGAGAAGAUCUGGACCUUUCGGUGCUGGAAGAGACAGCCCCGAGACGCAACGCGCCAAGAGAGACGAGUUCCUUAAGCUCUGUGAAAGAGCUUGGGAUCUAUUCCAUUCGUGA